AUGGGAGGGAGCAAGCGGUUUAUAGAGGUCUUUUGUCUGUUGCCUCCGCACUGCCCGUUGAGCAAGAAGGGCCACGACCAGCGCCGAGGUCUGUUGCGGCCGAGUUGUGGCGUGGAGGAUCCGCGGUCAGGUUGCGGUUUUUGCGGGGCGCCCUACGCCCAGCACGGCGACAACGGGCAUGCGAGUGUGGCCGCUUCUGCGCUCCUCCGACAAACGGAGUACCCCCGGGGGCUGAUGAGCACGGUCUUCCUAAAGGUGCCUGCGCUCAUAUACCACGACAUCAACCCAGCUACCGCAUUCGACAUGCAGCUCUUCAACCCCGACGCGUGGCAACCAGAAGAUUUGAGUCCUUGCCCCGACCUGAGUAAUGGUCGCGCCGGCGAAGCCAGCAGCGACGCAUCCGGACCUAUUGACGAAACGGGCGCCAGUGCUAGCAGUGUCGCAGGAAGUAUCUGUAGCGUCGCCGCGUGUAGCGUCGCCGCGAGCGCUCAUACCGCGACCAGUACUGCGGCAGAUGGUACUGCGGCAGAUGGUACUCUGGCAGACGGUACUGUGGCAGAUGGUACUGCGGCAGAUGGUGGAGAUGAUGCGAGCGUCAGUGCCCCAGGGGGUGCGGCCCUAGGGGGUGCGGGAUCAGAGGGUGCCGGCCUAGGGAAUGCUGCGCCGGGUAGUAACGAGAUCGUCUUCACGGUCGGAAUGCAUCAAUUUAUCGAUGUAAUGUGUAUGGCUCAAUACAACGUACGCGACUUGCUGCUAGAGGUGUACCACGCAGUCAAGGCGAACGGCGACGUCUGUACUCUGUCUUGCGUCGGGAACCGAUUGUCCCUGAAGGCGCGCUCGUACCUGUUCAUAACGGAGAGUAAGCUGCAGAUUGUGUUGCAGCUGUACCAGCACUUUUUCGUGCUGCACAUGGAGGACAACGGAAUCAUUGUGCAGAUACAGAGAGGCAUGACGGACCAGAUACUGCGGACUAUUGCGCCCAGCCAACUCACUCGCAAAGCGGGUCAUAGGCACACCUCCCACCCCGUCUUGUCUCCUCACGGCGCUUCACCCCACGGCGCUUCACCGCACGGCGCGUCCCCUGGAGGGAUGUCCCAUGCGUCGCGCGGGUCUAUGUCACAUGCCUACUCACUUAAUGGUGGAAUGCCGUAUCCCGGACCGCCAACAUAUGGCGCGUAUCCUAGUCAGUCAUCCUACCCUGGCCAGUCCCCCUUCUCUCCUUAUUCCACCCCCUACUCUGGCCAGUCGCCGCCUUAUCCUCCCUACUCUGGCCAGUCGUCACCUUACCUCCCCUACUCUGGCCAGUCCAACUACUCUGGCCAGUCGGGUUACUCUGGCCAAUCUAGCUACCCGGGCCACGUGCUCCAUAUGGGUUAUGGCGGCGGCGGCAUCGCUCCGGGAUUAGUUCCUGGCAUGACCAAAAAUAGACGAGGCAAACAAGACCAAAAACAGAAAGGAAACUACGAGCAGAGAGGCAAGAGAAAGAAAACGACAAACAGAAAUUCACCCAUGCUCAGCUAUGAAUCCAAACGAGUAGACUUAGAGGAUCUAGGCCCCAGGGACAGAACACCCACCAACUCGGCUUCGUACCGCCACGAAGCGACUCCGAGUACAUCAACUAGCAACCACCAGUUGCCUUCGCUGCUAGCACACCCUAAACCCUUCAAUUGCUCAUUUUUUGGCGAACCCGAGGGAUCAGCGUCAGUAUCGUUACAAAGAUACCAGUCAUCGGUUGCCGCUUCAAAUUCGUUACUUGACAAUGAACUAGGUGGCUUGCUUACGGAAAUAAUUAGAGGCACGUCAUGUACAGAGGAUACGUCUACCAAUUGGUUUGCUUUAAGUAUGCUCCACCACCCCCAAUCCUUGUCCGUUCUUGUGUACUGUGCAUAA